UUAAAAUAUGAGUUAUGGCACAGAUUUCAUACUGAGCUUAGAUCAUACUGAGACUAUUGAAUUCAUAGAUUAUACAUUUACAUUCUAUUUUGUAUUUUCGUAAUGUAUUUUGGACCGUAGUCUGUGGUUAUGGGUUAUGGCGAUAAUAAAUUGAAAAAGCUAGAUAACUGUCAACUGAUUUAGAUUCGAUAAAAAAUCUAUUUUGAAAACUAUGUCAUUAACAUAGCGACAUUUCACCUAACACUAACAACUUUUUUUAAAAUUCUUCUACUAGAAUUUCUUCUCUUUGAAUUUAAAUCUAGAAAUGUUUCAUAAAUUUCAAUCUACUUCAUUAUUGUUGUUCAGGUCAAAUAUUAAAAUGUUGAAAUGCAAUGCUUCGUCGUUGGAUGGUAAAAUGAUGAACAAAGUUAUGGGUCUUAGUCGUAAAACCAAAAAAAUUUGGUAUAAACCAAAUGUUGGGGCAAAUCCUACUUUUGAAGAGCUUAUGAAGCAAACCACCAAAAAUAAUGCUGGACGUCAGACAAGCAAGCGUAUUGCUGUUUUAAAUAAGUUAUUGAUGAAAAAUAUAACUGAUUUAAUGGCAACAGGUGAAAACUCUAAUAAACUCAUUGGAUAUAGUUUAGAAAUUUCAAAGGUUUGUAUUGAAGGAGAUUACAGAACUGUCAAAGUAUAUUGGAUGGCUGGAAAAUCUGAAGACGAUUCCCAGUUAGAUGAAUUAUUGCAAAUGAUAAGUGGUCCACUGAGACAUGAAUUAUCUACAUUAAGAAUCAUGGGUGAAGUUCCAAAAAUACAGUUUAUUAAAGAUAAGACUUAUGCAAACGUAGCAGCAGUUGAUCGGCUAUUAAAUAAAGCAGAUUUUGGUGAAGAUUUUGUACCUACUUGCAAUACUUUAUUAAACAAUCACCCUACAAUUUUCACAAAUAUUGAUCCAGAGAUCAAAAAAAAAAUUAAAGAAUUAGAAGACAGUGAGAAUCUAAAAGAAGACAGUAAUGAUGAAGUAAUAAUUCCUGAAAUGAAGAUGGAUGUAAUGGGUCUUGAUCAUAGUGCAAUAAUGGCCAGAUUAAACAUGGCUAUCCAAAAGUCUAAAGCUGCUCAUCGUCAACCUAAUGCUGCACACAAUGUUAUAAAAAAUACUGUGUUAGAACAUACCGAGGACACUCAGUAUUUGUCAUUUACAGAUUUUGUAAAAAAACGAAAAAUUCAAGAAGCCAAAGCUUUAGGUAGAAGAAGGAGUAGGUCAAUCGAAAAAGAAAUGUAUGAUAAAGAUGUAUCAUUGUAUUAUGAAGAGGAAGAAGAUGAUAAUAUAGAUGAAUAUCCAUUUAAAAUUGAUAAAUAAUAUACCAAUAUAUUUUUUUAGUA